CUUUGUUAGAUCGGAGAGAAAAUUCAAUUCGUAUGGUAUGGAUUGCAAUAACUCAGUCAAGAAAAUAAUUAACCGAUACUAAAAUAUAUUUUUCUAUGCAGUUUAAAGGAUUAAGAUUAUUUGGUAAAAGGUAUGGGAAGUGUGAACAAACAUUUUCUAAUUAAACCACAUUUGGUCCAAAAGCCAUUUACUGACCUAUAUAGUAAAGAUGGAGAUUUUAAACAGUUCCUCUUUAAAAAUGUGCCAAUCAUUAAUGAAAAAUAUUCACCUACUUUUUGGGCAUUUAAUGGUCACACACAAACAAUCGUGGCUACGUUUCUCAGAGACAUAGUUGUACCAAAAGUUAAAUACAACAGAGAAAUCUUGACACUUAAAGAUGGUGGUCAAGUGGCAAUUGACUGGCGAAAUCCAAAUGAAGAAAAUAACUUAAUGACUUCUUCAGUCACAGUCCUCUUAUUGUGUGGAUUGACUGGUCACAGCCAAUCGGAAUACAUCAAAGAAACUGUAAAUGAGUUGUAUAAUUGGGGCUAUUGUACAGUGGUUUUUAACUAUAGAGGCCUAGGAGGAGUGAAGCUCAAAACUGCCCGUUCGUACUCGGCGAAUAACAUCGAAGACCUGACUGAAGUACUCAAGUACAUCAAGUUAAAACGGCCAUUAAGUCCCGUUGCUGCAAUUGGAUUUUCAAUGGGAGGUUUGCUGCUGGGCACGUUUCUAACAUCAAGAGAACAGGCUGUCAAUAAGUACUUGGCAACGGGCGUGCUAUUAUCAGUACCGUGGAACGUGACCAAAGCUUCAUACAACACAGAAAGUUCCUGGUUAAUGCGAAGAAUGGGGGAAUAUUUAUCAUAUCAUCUUCGCAACAUUAUUGUACAGAACAAAGAUGUAAUUUUUAAUGGGGACAAUAACACGCCGCUAGAUUACAACAGAAUUAUUCAGUGUAAAACAAUAAGACAAUUUGAUACAGAGUAUACGAUAAAGAUGUUCAACUACAAAGACGUCUACGAUUACUAUAAUGAUGCUUCACUGUCUGACAAAUUGCAUUUGAUCCAGAUUCCUUGCUUGUGCUUGAGCGCGGCUGACGAUCCGUUUUUGUACUUACCAGACAUACCCGUGCACGAGGCUGAGAAAUUGAGCAACUUGGCCAUUUUGGUGACUUCGGGUGGCGGUCACAUCGGGUAUUUGGACACAUUCUGGCCGUUCCGUAACAACAACUACAUGCUGCAGCUUAUUCAACAGUAUUUUGCCGCUAUUAUGGUGGAUAAGAAUUAUGAAAAAUUCAGCCCACAAAUUCAAACAAACAACACUGAUCGAACAACUUUAAAACUUUUAGAUCAGUGAUAAAUAUUUAACCUGCAGCGGCUUUACAGCGAUGUAAAUAAAAUUAUUUUUAUUUAAACCACUUUUAGGCCAUUAACGCCUUUAAACUAUUGUUUUAAUUAGGUUAUAACAUAGAGCCAUAAAUUCCAUAAUAUACUAUUGGUGAGGUUAGGUAAAAAUGUCAAAAUACCAAAAUGUCCUUAGUAUUUUUAUAUAUGUAAAAUAUAUGUUUAGGUUAAUAAAAUAAAGUUAUUUAAAAGGGGAAACAGACAUCGACUGAGAGUAGUUCAUCGGUUGGGCUGUUUGACAAAAUUUGUAUCUUUUCUGUUAGAUAAUAUAACUUCAUUUACUAUAACAAAAGAAUAAUUUUACUCAACAAAAUAAUGUGCAACGAAAAACUAAAGCUUUUACAUAGACCGUAUUCUUUGAUAUUGAUACAUACAAUAAAGCCUAAGACCAGUCAUAUGAGAUAAAAACAAGUUGCCGUGAUUAUCGAAUUACUAGUAUUUGCAUAUAUCAGUACAAAAACAUUUUAAAAUGUUAACAUGUAAAGUUUAUAAUAUAAUCCUAUUGGACAUUUUUUCUUAAGACAUUUUUACUAGACAUCUCUAUGUAACAACCGGCAACACUAUUUUAUUUGCAUUUUUGGGAUUAUUUUAUGUUUAAAACUAUUAUGAAAGUAAAAAAUAAACUUCAAAUACAUAACAGGCGUUUGCCAUUUAUAUCUAUAUAACACUAAUAUAUUAUUGAACUGACUAAAACAAGUAAUUUAAUUACGUGGACUUAAUUACGUUGUUAUAUUAUAAUAGAGUAAAAUAAAUAUAUAAAUUGUAAGAAUGUUUUAUAAUUAAAACUAUUGACAAUACAUAAUUUGAAUUAUUAAUCAUUUUGGGGAAUGGAGGGGCUUUUAAACUAAUGCGAAUGAAAAACAUUAAUCUUUAUAUAUUGCCUAACCAGAGCUGUGGGUUAUAUAAAGAACAUAUAAUAAAAUUAAUAUUUCAAUAGUUAUUUAAUUUUAAAACUUUUUUAUUUUUAUUGAUCCUAUGUUAUGUUUUUAAUGAUGUAGCUAGUUUUGGAAUAAUUCAUACUUAUUAAAAUAUUGUUAGCUUAUUAGACCCCAGGUGUUUAGUCUAGUCAAUUUGUGCAAAAAUUGAUAUCGAGGUUUUUCAGCGAUUUUCGCUUAAAAACAGCUUAUUAAAAGUCCACUGAAAUUCUAAUAUGUGAAAUUGUCUAUUCAAAUAUAAUAAGGGCAAUUUCUGUAAUCGUCAUAGAUUUUUUUGGGCAACAUUU